AUUUAUGUUUUGGAGUCAGCAUUUAGCUGCAUGCAGAAAGUAUCUGUCAGUUGCAUCGACUGUUUGUCUUGCUGUAGGAAGGUGUUUUUGAGAGUGAAGUAUUUUGGAUCGCUCUCACAAGGGCCAAAUUAUCUUUACUCGGGCAAAUUCCCAAGACAUCCCAUUGGUCAGUGUUGGGACUGCACAGAAACUGAGCGAGGGCUUUGAGAUCUGGAUCCCUGAGAGAGCGACACGCACCUACGUGGCCGUGGAAGCUCAGCUUCGUUCUGGCCGAGUGCAGGGGAAGGGAAGAGAGAGCAUUUUUUGGGGGCUGCCAGGAUUUAUCUCUGGAAGAGGAGCUCUCCGCAUAGCUGAUCUGGGGAUGAUGCCUCAGCUGUGACUGCAGCACUUGCUCGUAAGGACUGAGCUGCUGCUGCCGCUGCCUGAGAGCAGCUGAGAGGAGGGUGGAGAUUGGCAGCUCUCUGCUGGAGCUGCUGUGUCAGGUUUCAGUGCAGAGCACGUGUGGAUCAUUCAAGCUGAGUUCACCGCUGCUUGCAGCUGUCACCGACAGGCCAAGCAGGGAGGAUGGGGCAGGUCGCCUGGAAGAGUUUGUUCGUGUCGCUUUUUGAUUAUAAAACGGAGAAGUAUGUCAUUGCAAAGAACAAGAAGGUGGGGAUCCUCUACCGUGUGGUGCAGCUCUCCAUCCUGGCUUACCUUGUGGGGUGGGUGUUUGUCAUCAAAAAAGGCUACCAGGACGUGGACACCUCCAUCCAGAGCUCUGUCAUCACCAAGCUCAAAGGGGUGGCCUUCACCAACACCUCGGACAUGGGAGAGAGGCUGUGGGACGCGUCCGAUUAUGUCAUCCCCCCACAGGGAGAAAGCAUCUUCUUUGUGAUGACGAACCUGAUUAUGACCCUAAACCAGACGCAGAACAUGUGCCCCGAGAGCCCUGGCAUUCCCGACGCGCUGUGCAGCAAGAACAAGGACUGCCCUCAGGGGGAACCCGUGAAAGCUGGCAACGGGGUGAAGACCGGCCGCUGCAUGAAAACCGGGAGCAACGUCAAUGGGACAUGUGAGAUACUAGCGUGGUGUCCAGUGGAGAGAAAAUCCAGCGCCAAGAAGGUGUUUUUAGCGAAUGCAGAAAACUUCACUGUGUACAUCAAGAACUCAAUCCGCUUCCCAAAGUUCAAAUUCUCCAAGACGAAUGUGCUGAAAACUAACGACAACUUCUACCUGAAAUCCUGCCACUACAGCCCCAAAAACCUGUACUGCCCCAUCUUCCGCCUGGGCAACCUCGUGAGCUGGGCCGGGAGCAACUUUCAGGAGAUGGCACUUGAGGGUGGUGCCAUCGGGAUUAUGAUUGAAUGGGACUGCAACCUUGAUAAAGGGCCUUCUGAAUGCAACCCUCACUACUCUUUUACCCGGCUGGAUAAUGAGUCUGGAGAAAAAUCCAUCUCCUCUGGGUACAACUUCAGGUUUGCAAAAUACUACAAGAACACUGACGGGGUUGAGUUCCGGACGCUGAUCAAAGCCUACGGCAUCCGCUUUGACGUGAUGGUGAAUGGCAAGGCGGGAAAAUUUAACAUCAUUCCAACAAUAAUCAACGUGGGUUCAGGGCUCGCACUUAUGGGUGCGGGAGCUUUCUUCUGUGACCUGGUGCUGCUGUACCUCAUCAAAAAGAGCCACUUUUAUCGAGGCAAAAAGUACGAGGAAGUGAAGUCCUGUUCAAAGAAUACGGUUCCGGGUGCUACCCCGAGUGGAAAUCAGAACGCCGAGUCCCUGGCUGGGCUGAGGCAACUACAGGCAGUGGAGACUUAACUACCAGCCUGUUGGUUAGAAAACACAUUCCAUACAGAUUGUGGGGUUCAAGGUAAUGCUCAGACUGCGAGGUGGACACAGCCUGUCAGGUCUUUGUAUCAUCUGGCUGCCCAGAGAAGAGGUCAGUGAUGGCUGUUCGCUACCAGACAGCAGUCUGCUUGCAUCUCCUAUCCCGAGCCAUUCUGCUCUCUCCCGAGCCAGUGACAGCAGUCAUUGCUACAGGACUUUUAUUUUACGAAGGAACACUAAGAACCCAAACCACGGUUUUAUACAUGCCGACAUCAAAACCAGCAUCGUGAUGUGGCAGCGCUCAGCUUCUGCUGCAAGAUCAGUACCAUGAACCACGCUUAGCAUUUCCAGGAGAGGUGGGGCUGGAAAAGCUGGUGCUUCCCACUCCGUUCUGCUGCCUUAGCUUCCAGAUCCUGGCAGAAGUGGAAAUCGAUCAGCCUGCUCGCCCUGGGAUGAGCGAGUGCUGGCCUUUCGUGCAACCAAGGAAUGGGGCUGGGGUGGGGGCUCCUUUGCUUCCAGAACCUGUGCUCCAAUGCACGCUGCCCACAUAGGGCAAUAAACUCAUUGCUUUUGAAUAUAAACUGAUAAGCAGAAGUGGUGCUCUCUGGGAAAGCCCUCCCUCAAGGCAGGCUGUUUCCUCCCCUCUUCAGUGAAACAUGCUAUCAACCCUCCAUCAUACAGUAGCCUGGAUGGUGCCUUCAAGAGCACAUGAGUGUUUGUGGUAACCAUGCGCUGUGUUUAUACCCACGAGAUUUUUUUCCAUUGGUAACGGGGCUGGGUGGUUUCCCACUUGAGGGUGUGAGAACCUAGGGUUUCUGCCAGGCUGGCACGGCCAGUCACCUCAUUGGGGAAUGUUUUGAAUCAAGCCUCUUGCUUUCCAAGGAAGCUGGGAAAUGCCUUGGAGACAACCCGUGGCUGUCUUUUUCUUUGGGGAAAACAGCUGCUAGGAGUUGAAGUGGGAGAGGAAGUGAAAUCUAUCGUACCAUGGCAACAAUCAUGGUCAGCAUGCUCAGGAAACUCACUACCAGGCCCCCUCCUGCCUCCGCUUGCUUCAGCAGUGCUGCUCCAUUUCCCCAUCAUCUUGCCCUUUAAGUUUGUGAACAGUUAAGCAGCAUACAGCACCUACUGAUUCCAGUCCCAGGGCAGGGCUUGCUGCUGCUGCCAAACAGGCCCCAUGCUGCUGGACUGGCUCUGACCACAUGGAUCGGCAACAGGUGUAUCUGCCCUCCCUUCUGAUCCGCAGAUAAAGUUAAUGACUGGGCCUAAACCAGAAGCCACUGUUUAAUUUAGAAGCUGUGUGCACUCAUGCUGCUGCUGUUGCAUACAAAGCCUCAUUCAUCUUUACAAGUCUCUUCUCUAGGCAAACAAUGCUGUGUCCAUAAAGCCAUCCUAACAGGCCUGACUUAGUAUAGUCUCUUAGAAAUAUUUUCCUGUUACUGUAGUAUGACUCUUACCUAGCUAGUAGUCUGCUAGAUGAGUAGUAUUUCCAUUUAAUUCUGCUUAUGUAGUUUUUAGAAGCUGAAACAAGUGGCAUAAAAAAGUGCUAUCAAACAGUGAACCAAAGAGCAGUUCAUGAAGACCAAACGGCUUGUCACAAAAAUUAGGCUGGGCUCGUUCUACGCUGAAACGAAUGUUUCAACAUGCCAUAACAAUACCUUCUUGUUCAAGGACCCAACCCACUGCCGGAGUCGAAGUCUCUCAAUCUCCUCACAAAACUCAAUUCGUUGUACUAAUCCACGCCCUUUGUUUUCCAUUUUGCAAACUCUAUACACAAAGAACGGUGUUUAACCGCGUGAUUCUCAGGAGUUUUUCUUUUUACCUUAUUUAAUAUCUUUGUUUAUGUUUAUAUACAGAAACGGGAUUUUUGUCUAUUUUCAGACAAUGCUCUUAGACUCUUCUGUACCUUGUGUUAUUGCAGAUAAUACCGAUUAGCCAUGUAUUAUUCCAGUUCUUCCCUUUAGUAAUGCAUUGCCUUGGCAUUUUCUUUU